AUGUGCAUUGACUUGCAUUGUCGUGCAUUGACAUGGAUUGACAUCCAUUGCCAGAGUGGCCAUGGCGUGCCCCAGCAGCUGGUGGACGAUGAUCAAGAAACGGGCCAUGGCGUGUCCCAGCAGCUGGUGGAUGAUGCUCGGGAAGUGGGGAGAGAGUUCUUUGCACUUGCUGAUGAAACUAAAAACGAGAUUGCCCUCUCAAAGUCUCCGAUUUUCAGGGGAUACCAAAGGCUCGGAGAGAACAUCACUCAGGGCCGGCGCGACAUGCAUGAAGCCAUUGAUUUGUACAGGGAGCAUCCAGCUAAUCAUCCCCUUGUGCUUUCCGGGAAGCCGCUUCACGGCCCAAACCCAUGGCCCAGUCAACCUGAGCGUUUCAGGCCGGUUGUGGAGGAAUAUGUGACCAAAAUGAAAGCCCUGGGUAGCACGGUGCUACGUGGCAUGGCUAUGGGGCUGCACCUCUCACUCGACACCUUUGAGCACGGCAGGGCGGACGACCCCUUCUGGGUCAUCCGAGUCAUUGGCUACCCUCCCCUUGCUGUCCACGACACAGAAUCGCUCAGCUGUGGCGAGCACACGGAUUACGGCCUUCUUACUUUUGUGAAUCAGGACCCUGGCAUCACAGCCUUACAGGUGAAGAAUAAGGCAGGCGAAUGGGUGGACGCUCCUCCAGUUCCAGGAAGCUUUGUGGUCAACAUUGGUGACAUGCUCAAGCUGUGGACGAACGGGCUCUACCAGCCAACUCCCCAUCGUGUUGUCAACAGAAGCCGCACAUUCCGAGUCUCAGUGCCAUUCUUCUACGAA